CUAAGUGCCACAAAAAUGCAAAAGAACACCAGCACAGCUGUCUCAGAAAGAAGAAUACAACGGAAAAGACAGCGUCCUCGGUCCGGCGUGGGCAGACUUUCAAAAGUCGUAACGUUGUCGGUCUCCGGUAGUUUAACACAUGGAUCGUUUGCACCUCUGCUGAGCUCUGCACGUGCUUUUGGCGGCAUCAGCAGCAGAAAACCGGUCCUCUGCAAUCCUACGGAAGCCCAGACCGACGCCCGCUCCUUCCUAAGUGAUGAAAUGAUUGCUGAGUUCAAGGCUGCCUUCGACAUGUUCGAUACCGAUGGUGGUGGUGACAUCAGCACCAAAGAGCUGGGAACCGUGAUGAGGAUGCUGGGACAGAAUCCAAGCAGAGAGGAGCUGGAUGCCAUCAUUGAGGAGGUUGACGAGGACGGAAGUGGCACCAUUGACUUUGAGGAGUUCUUGGUCAUGAUGGUGCAGCAGCUGAAGGAGGACCAGGCUGGCAAGAGUGAGGAAGAGCUGUCUGAGUGCUUCCGUGUGUUCGACAAGAAUGGAGAUGGCUUUAUCGACCGUGAAGAGUUUGGUGACAUCCUGCGGUCCACUGGGGAACCAGUGACAGAGGAGGAGAUAGACGAGCUCUUGACAGACGGAGACAUGAACAAAGAUGGAAAAAUUGACUUUGACGAGUUUCUAAAAAUGAUGGAGAACAUUCAGUAAAGAUGCAACAUUCCGUCCCUUCAUUUUUGACCCCCAGAUAAUGAGAAAACAAACAUUUGGGAAAAAAAAAACUGUGGAAGAAAUUCACACCCAUCGAGAGGUUAUGGGAGAAAGCUUAUCCUGUAGACAAUAAGGAUAUGGACUGAGACCAGAGGUGGUGUCCUUCUGGAACUAUCUCUUUUGGACUGUGAAAUAUCUAUAAAUAACCAUCCAAACCUUUUAAGAGAAAGUAACUAUGGCCUAACCCCCCCACCUGAAAGCCAGCUGUCCCCUUGUGCCCACAGCUCCUUCUUAAGAUACGAUGUCCCACCUCUUCAAACCACUCGUCUACUUUUGCACUACUGGCCCCGCCCUGUAGUGUUACAUAAUAAAACAGCCUCACUUUGCCUUUA